AUGGCCAAGGGUAAAGAUGUCCGAGUAACGGUUAUUUUAGAAUGUACCAACUGUGUUAGAACCGGUCUUAAUAAGGAAUCAAGGGGUGUUUCCAGAUAUAUUACUCAAAAGAAUCGACACAAUACGCCUAGUCGAUUGGAAUUGAGAAAAUUCUGUCCCUAUUGUUACAAACAUACGAUUCACGGGGAGAUAAAGAAAUAA